GGAAUAAACUAGAAGAUAAAAAGAUAGGACUUUAUCCUAAAGGAGCUAAUAAAGUAAAAGUAAAUAUAAAAUAUAAUACUUUUAUAAUAAAGAUUACUUAUAAAAGAGAUAUAAUAACUAUUAAUAGCUAUUACUUAAAGAGCCUAUAG